CGGAAAGGCCGGUUUUGCCGGUGUCGGCGUUAUUUUAUCCCGGGUUUACCGAUAUUGGCGUUAUUGCCCUCAAUUUGCCCUUGUGCCUUCUCAGUCCCGCCUUUGGAGGAGGGAAUGGCUGGGAGGGAGAGCUGUAGAGUUGGUCUGCGACGCUGUUCCCCUCGCUUGCUUAUUCAUGUGCCUCCAGAAGGAAAGUCGGGAUGUUUAUCCGAAAAUCCAGCUGUUAGAGGUGAAGACAGCGUUCCGGCAGAAGGCCCUGACGUGCCACCCGGACAAGAACCCGGACAACCCCCGGGCAGAUCCCUCACAUGGUUUCCUGCAUCUUACCCUCAUUUCUUCUCCUUCCCAGCGGAAAUCUUCCACCAGCUGUCCCAGGCCUUGGCCGUGCUCACAGAUGCAGCAGCCAGGGCAGCAUAUGACAAGGUGAGGAGGGCGAAGAAACAGGCUGCAGAAAGGACACAGAAGCUCGAUGAGAAGAGGAAGAAAGUAAAGCUUGAUCUUGAGGCCAGAGAACGAGAAGCCCAGUCCCAGGAGAACGAAGAGGAGGAGAUCAGGAUAACGAGAUCAUUAGAAGAAGAAAUAAUCCGCCUGCGGGAGGAGGGCUCCCGGCAGCUGGAGGAGCAGCAGAGGCUCAUCAGGGAACAGAUCCGGCUGGAAAGGGAGCAGCACAGCCAAGGCAAGCAGGAAAGAAAUGGAGCAGAAGGCAAAGUAACUCCUAAACUCAAGCUCAGAUGGAAAUGCAGGAAAGAAGAUGAGACAGGAGGGGGAUACUCCAAAGAUGUGCUGCUGCAGAUCCUGCAAAAGUAUGGAGAUGUGCUCAAUUUGGUGAUCUCCAGCAGGAAGACUGGGAGUGCAGUGGUGGAAUUUGCUACGGUGAAGGCGGCAGAGAUGGCUGUGAAGAAUGAAGUUGGCCUGAUAAACAACCCUCUGAAGAUUUCCUGGCUGGAGGGGCAGCCCCGGAGCCACCCCAGCACUGUCCUCUCUGACAGCACCAGCCAGCCCAGGACCUCACAGGCAUCCGUGGUGUCGGAGCGGGACUACGAGAGCCUGGUGAUGAUGAGGAUGCGCCAGGCAGCCGAGAGGCAGCAGCUCAUCGAGCAGCUCCGGCGGGAAGACGAGGAAGAGUCUCACACUUAGCGUGACAGUAUGGAUUCUCCCCCCCCUCCACCCCCCACCCUGAGCUCUUUCUUAAUUUAAGUCAAUAAACCUCCUUUUUUAAA